AUGGAAGAAACUCAACCGCGGACACGGCGCCGGCGCCCGGUCGACAAAUAUGGCCCGAAGUUCUUUGACAAAUCCGAGCACAUGCAGGAUCGGGCUGCUGUCAUGAAGGCUGCUCUGAAUGGCGAUGAACCGUCUCGGUCAGAGCCCGCUGGGGGGUUUGAUAGCAGUCCAUAUCCCUACGCGCCACCGGGCUACACGCUGAAAUUUACCUUCCAUCGCGGUGUCAAUCUUCCUUGCGCGGACUUUGGCACGUUUUCUUCCGACCCCUAUGUUAUCGCCCAGUUAAUUGUUGGCCUGCCUCAACGCCAUAAGCAGGAUCCUCUUCUUUCCUUCCGAACUCCGACUGUGCGCAAAAAUCGAGAUCCAGUAUGGGACAGCGAAUGGAUAGUGGCCAACGUCCCUGCGUCGGGGUUUCAACUAAAAUGCCAUGUUUAUGAUGAAGAUGCGGCAGACCACGACGACAAGCUCGGGAAUGCAUAUGUCGAGGUGGAUUCGGUCGGUGAACACUGGCCUGGCGUCAAAGAACAGAGCUUUCGCGUUAAGAAGCGCAUGGGUAGCAAGCGGGUCUACUUGUUCGGUAACAUUGCCGCUCUGGCGUCGCGACGUCUUGAUGUGGGGUCACAUAUAGUAAUCAGUGUGCAGUGCUUGGGGAAAACACAAGGCGAUGAAGGUGCCCAUAUGUACACUGUUGGGCCCAACUACUGGUUCAAGCACUUUUCUCCACUCAUUGGAAGAAUAGCAGGGACCAAAGAUGAGGUACAGAGUCAGGAUGGUACGAAGAAGACCAUUAGUCGAUAUAAUUUCCAGGCCAUUCAAAUCCAACUCAAGGGUCCUGUACCUGCUGAGCUCUAUCAUCGUUACGUCGAAUUCAAGCCGUUUGUGGCUGGAAUGUUCACGUCACAUAGUCUUCGUGGGAGGAUACUCAACCGAGCUCUACAUCAUCAGCAUGAGCGUAUCUACAACUUCGACAAGACCACACUCAACGGACGGUUCCCUUCACCGUGCACUGCACUCACGCAGAAGUUUCUUGAGUUUGUCCACUACGCACAGGGCGGGAGGAUCUUCACUUAUGUCAUCACCCUGGACGGGCAGUUUCGCUUUACAGAGACAGGGAAGGAAUUCGGAAUUGACUUACUGAGUAAACACACGAUGCAUAGUGAUGUAUCUAUUUAUAUCGCAUAUUCUGGUGAGUUCUUCCUGCGCCGACUGAAGCAUCGCCAUCACCGACAUUCGGAGACAACACGCUACUCGGGGACCAGUUACUCCGGUGAUGAGCCGCUGGAGGAACCAGAAUUAUCAACUGAUCCGGCCGAUUACGAACUCUUCAUCGACAACGAUAGCGGUACCUAUCGCCCCAAUGGCCACUACUUGCCCCUGUUGAAGCGAUUCAUCUCGUCCAACUUCCCCGGUCUUCACGUGACCACGCUCGAUUGCAGGGAGGACGCGGUGCAGAUGGAGGCUCUGAAAAAUGAACAAAGAGAAUUCAAAAAGAACGAAGGCAAUCACAUGAUCUUCCUCCAGCGCAGCAAUGGCUCAUCACUUUCCCUUUCAAGCUCAGAUGAAGAGGAGCUGGAUGAGCGCAGUGGAUCACAGCCCAAAAGACGCGACAGCUUUGCGCAAAAGGUCCAUGAUAUGCGUGACGUGAAAGGCCAAAUGAUGAAAUGGGCACAAGGAGACAGUCAUGACAGCCCCAAUCAUCAUGGGGGCUCUUCUGAGCGCCAAACGGCAGCAGCGGCGAACAAUGCAGGCUCCUCAAAACCUGCUGAAGAGCAGUGUGGGUGA